CAGGAAGGCAGUGAUCCUUGCAGGAAGGCCGUUCAGCCGCGACGUGGGUCUCCUCUGGGUGAGGAAAGGGUAACAGUUGGAGUAUCUCUACGGAAACAAUUUUUUUGUUAGCACUCCAUGCGAUCGAGUCCCGCUGUUUUGCACUGGGGGCGGUAGUUUUUCAGGAGGAGUUUUUGCCGCAGCCAGGACUGGCGGCGGUGCAGAGCGCGGGUCGGAGGUGACGGCGCGGCGCGGCCGCUCCCGCUGGGUGUCCUUUCGCCAUGGCCAAGCAUCAUCCGGACCUCAUCUUUUGCCGCAAGCAGGCGGGUGUGGCAAUUGGAAGACUUUGUGAAAAAUGUGAUGGCAAGUGUGUGAUCUGUGACUCCUACGUGCGGCCUUGCACCCUGGUGCGCAUCUGUGACGAGUGCAACUACGGCUCCUACCAAGGGCGCUGCGUCAUCUGCGGGGGUCCAGGAGUCUCUGAUGCCUACUACUGCAAGGAGUGUACCAUCCAGGAGAAAGAUAGAGAUGGUUGCCCUAAGAUUGUCAACCUGGGCAGUUCCAAGACAGAUCUCUUCUAUGAAAGGAAAAAGUAUGGCUUCAAGAAAAGGUGAUCCUAUCCUACACCUCCUGUUGGGAUGGCAAGAGGGUCUUGGAACAUCUUUGGACUUUGCUAUUAUUGAAAACCGGUUGAUUAUUUCUUUGUAAAGCAGUACAACUUCAGUAGUAUACUUAGGGCUGGAUAACUAAUGAACUGUGUUACUGAUUAUCAGAAAGAGCAAAUGAGGAUCACUGUCUCUUGGCUUUUCAGAAGCUCUGCUAGUAGCUGCCCCAACUGACUAGAAAAAUCCUGGUUGGCAGAUAUUUACACAUGGGGUCGCAGCUUGGUAAAAAGUGAGUGCCACUUCUGGUCUGGGGAAACACCUUGAAGUUCUUCCUACCAGGUCUCCUCCCAAUUGCUUGAAAUCACCCCACACCUCAUUGUUGAGGAGCAGAGUACUGAUCUCAUGUGUCUGCUCCUGCUGCCCUGCUGCCUUCCUCCAGUAUAUUUCCAUGCUGCCCUGUUUGGUAAGGAACCUGCUCAUGGCUGGUGCCUUCCUAGGGAGAACACAGCUGUUCCACAUUUUCUGUGACAGAUUAAUCCAAGGCCCUUUCUUGCAACCAUUUCUGUAGGAUGCAUACAAAUAAAGCUGAUUCUUUUGUC